CUCUGAGAUUUCGUGCCAGUCACCGCGAGUGAACCACAAAAGCGCAAUUCCAUAUUUCAAAUCAGAAAUUCUCGAAGGCAAUCGUCACCUGAUAGUGGAGCAUUGACAAGCAACAAAUUUCAUUUCCGUGAAGUGGUGAUCACAGAAGCAUUAGUUGUUGAUAACAGUGAAUAAAGUUUAUUAUAUAAAUUCUGUAUCGAGUGAUCGAUCGCAAUGGCUGAUCCAAAAAAAUCUAGUUAUCCGAAUCCUCGAGAAUCCAGUAAUUUCUUUGGAGUUUUAUUCUGGACGUGGACAAUACGAUUCUUCAAAUUGGGCUACACAAAAAUUCUGGGAAAAGAGGAUCUGUACGAUCCACCAUCAUACGAUCAAGCAACUGUACUAGGGGAUCGACUAGAGAAGUGUUGGAACCAAGAGCUGAAGAAUGUAUCGAAGCAUUCACGACCGCCGAGUCUAACAAAAGUAUUAGUAAGAUGUUUCAUGUGGGAGCUGAUCUGGCUGGGAGUUCUGCAGAUCACAAAUGAAUUUCUACUCCGAUUAGGAACCCCAAUGCUGAUUGGCCAAUUGCUGAGCUAUUUCCGUGAGGAUCGAAAAAUCAGCUACAAUGAGACAUUGAUGUACGCUGGUGGGGUGUGCGGUGCAACGGCAUUAUUUGCAAUUGCAGCUAAUCACUGGCUGUUUCAAGUGUUUCACCUUGGUGGGAGAAUUCACAUUGCUGUUUGUUCAUUGGUAUACCGAAAGGCACUGCGCCUCAAUGUCACAAGCUUGAGUGAAACAACACCCGGAAAGAUAGUUAAUCUCCUCGCCAAUGAUGUCAAUCGAUUUGAUUUCAUACUGGUGUUCAUUCACUAUUUAUGGUCAGCCCCCUUAGCAUCGAUUAUCGUUGGAUAUUUUUUAUGGACAGAGGCUGGCUACAGUGGUCUCAUCGGUAUCGCAGUAAUAUCCAUCAUCGUACCAAUCCAAUCUUACACCGGCAAGCUGUCAGCAAAAUUCCGCCUGGAAACUACAGUCAAGACAGAUGAACGGGUGCGUGUUAUGAAUGAGAUAAUAUCUGGUGUUCAAGUGAUAAAGAUGUACGCCUGGGAGAAGCCAUUUUGCCAGAAGAUAGCGCAAAUUCGUAAACUGGAGCUCAACAUUAUCCGAAAAAAUUCGUGGAUUCAUGGAGCCUUCAUGACACUUUAUCUAUUUGUACCGCGCACCGCUCUGUACUGCACUCUAGUCGGUAUGAUUUUGUUUGGCCAGCAAUUGUCAACGGAGAAGGUGUUCGUGUUCUUCGCGUACUUUUCAGUUCUCGCUGAAGUGAUGGGGUUUAUGUUCUCACGGGGGAUAUCAGAGAUAGCCCAAUGUCUCGUUACAGUGAAACGAUUGGAGGGUUUUCUAGCCAAUAAGGAAUUUCAGACGGAUAUCAGUUGGAGCUCGCAGAAAGCGAUAAUGUCCAAACGAAUAUCGAAGACGGGAGUCACUGAGGUUGAUAGGGAGAUUGAUAAAAUACCUCCGGAGGGAUUGAUUGGGAAGAUUUCAAAUCGGGACAGAUGUGAGAAGUAUGUACCUGAGGAUAAAACAAGUAUUCCCAUAAAGCUAGUGAAUUUAUCAUCAAAAUGGGACGAAAAGUCAACGGAAAAUACUUUACAAGAUGUUAACUGUGAAAUUGAAAAAGGAAAAGUUUACCUGGUAAUUGGGGCUGUUGGCUCGGGUAAAAGUUCUCUGAUAUCAGCGAUUCUCGGUGAAAUGCUCAUCACUGAAGGUCAUGUAGAUAUCAACGGAAGCAUCAGCUAUGCGAGUCAGGAAGCCUGGAUAUUUGGCUCAACGGUUCGCCAGAAUAUCCUCUUCGGGCAGUCAUACGAUCCUCAAAGGUACGAGGAAGUUGUGAGAGUCUGUGCGUUAUCCAGUGAUUUCGCUCAAUUCCCCCUUGGAGAUCAGACGACUCUCGGUGAACGCGGCACAUCCUUAUCAGGUGGACAGAAGGCUAGAAUAAAUCUAGCAAGAUCUGUCUAUCGAAGAUCGAGUAUUUAUAUUUUCGAUGAUCCAUUGAGCGCUGUCGAUACCCAAGUCGGCAAGUACCUGUUUGAAGAGUGCAUCGAGAAGUAUUUGAAAGGGACAACGAGAGUCCUAGUGACUCAUCAGUUGCAAUAUAUCAGUGGAUCCAACGAGAUUCUCUUGGUGGAGAACGGUAAACUUGAGAAAUUCAUAAAUUACGAUGAACUCCUCGCUGCACGUCCAGAAUAUUCAAAUCUCGGAGCCUGCAAUUCGGAAUCUGAUCCUGACAAUAGUAAUCCCGAUGACGCCGAAAGAAAAACAUCUGUCCCAACAGCAACAGCUGCUGCUCCAUUUACUGAUGCACCAGGUGAUGAUGCAGCAUCCGAAGACGAUGAAAAUGGGAUGCACCUGUCAAACGCCCUUGAGAAGACAUCACGAGGGAGUGUAGCAGGUUCAAUUUUCAUAAACUACCUGAAGAGCAGCAGCAACUGGAUUUUACCAGUGAUAGUGUCAAUCCUUUUGGUUGCAACCCAAUGCGCAGUGACAGCUUAUGACAUGUUCUUUCCACAAUUAGUGAGUGCCGAAGAGAAUCGCUACAACGAAUUCAUUAAGCUGAAGAAUUCUAAUUCUAAUUACAUCAACGAAUACGACAUUGAACCCGCCUACACAGGUAUCUACACGUACACGGGGAUAACCUUCUCAAUAUUUCUGUUCGGCAUGGCCCAAUCGAUCCUCUUCUACAUGACGUGUAUGAAAUCGAGUCAGUGCUUGCACGACAAUGCCUUCAGCGCCCUGAUAAGAAGUGGCAUGGAGUUCUUCAGUAAAAAUCCAAGCGGCCGAAUACUCAACAGAUUCUCAAAGGACAUCGACGCAAUCGACGAUCUUUUACCGAAAACUCUGCAGGAUGCUGCAAUCGCCAUGAUGAUAACCUGCGGUGUUAUCGUAAUAACGUGCAAUAUCAAUCCAAUUUUCAUAGCUCCAUUCAUCGUUAUCACGUACGUACUUUACUGGAUCGCCAAAGUGUACGUGAGAACGAGUAAAAGCCUCAAGAGAUUGGAGGCUGUGAUGAAUGCACCAGUAUUUACUCACCUCAAUGUGACGAUGAGUGGUUUAACGACAAUCAGAGCAUUCAACGCUCAGGAGCUGUUGAGAAUGGAAUUUGAUCGGUUUCAGGACGGUCACAGCUCAGCCUGGUACAUGUUCAUAGCAACCAGUUCUGCAUUUGGAUUUGCUCUUGAUGUUUUUUGCUGGGUUUUGACGAUCAUCGUGACGUUUGGAUUGCUGCUUGCCAGUGGAUACGGUGGGCCCGAAGUGGGACUUGCCAUCACCUCGAUUACAUCGAUAACGAGUUUGCUGCAAUGGGGGGUUCGUCAAUACGCUGAAGUGCUUAAUCAAAUGAUGUCUGUUGAGCGGGUUCUGCAGUAUUCGUCAUUGAUUCCAGAGAAUACAUCAGGCCCAAUUGAUUCUCCUAAGAGAAUCACCAAGCAGGAGAGUGGAAUCGACAGAUCGAAUUCGAAAACUGUCGAUUGGCCGAGCGAAGGGUCCAUCGUUUUCAAGCAUGUCUUCAUGACGUACAGCGACGAUGCACCUCCUGUUUUAAAAGAUCUAAAUUUUGUGGUAAAACCACAGGAGAAAGUCGGAAUUGUUGGACGCACAGGUGCUGGAAAAUCGUCAAUGAUAUCAGCCCUCUUUCGACUGAUGAAGGUUGAAGGAAUCAUUGAAAUCGAUGGAGUUGAUACUGCUAAGGUUAGUUUAGAGAAUUUAAGACGGAACAUUGCUAUAAUUCCGCAGGAGCCGGUGCUGUUCUCGGGUACACUGAGAAAGAAUUUAGAUCCCUUCGAGGAUUUCACUGAUGCUGCCCUUUGGACGGCCCUGGAACAAGUCGAAUUGAAGGAAUCGGUGAUCAAAGAAGUGGACGGUCUUCACAGCAAAGUCGUGGACAAAGGCGGCAAUUUCAGUGUUGGACAGAGACAAUUGGUUUGUCUAGCUAGAGCUAUUCUCAGGAACAACAAAAUACUCGUGUUGGAUGAGGCAACGGCUAAUGUCGAUCCCCACACCGACAUGCUCAUCCAAAAAACCAUUAGGUCAAAAUUUAUGGCGUGUACGGUACUUACCAUUGCUCAUAGAUUAAAUACUAUUAUGGAUAGUGAUAAAAUUAUUGUUAUGGAUAAUGGUGAAAUUGUUGAAUUUGACCAUCCUUAUGUGUUACUCAAAAAUCAAAAAGGGAAAUUUUCAUCUCUUGUGAAAAAAACAGGAUAUGCCAUGAGCGAUAAUUUGAUUAAAAUAGCUAAACAGUCAUUUCAGAAAAUUCAUAUAAAAGAUGCAUCAUCAUAAUUUCAUUAGCAACAAGAUUAAUUUUCACAUGUAAAUUAUUAUUUAUCGUUAAGUUUGUUAGAAUUAAUGAUCCUUGAUUACUGUAAGAAUUGUAAUUAAAUCUGUAAUGAUAGAAAAUGGUGAAAUUAAAUGGGAUUGA